AUGGCUCUUGUCGACGAUCCUCAGAUCAAGUCGGCGAGCUUGUACAACCCUUUACCGACCUCACUACACACUUAUGUUUGGCCGUUUCUACUCAUCUGGCCUGCCUUCCUCGCCUUCUACCUCUCCCCCGAGCGCUAUGAGAAGCACAUACAAUCUCAAGAGUGGACAUUCGUAUGGUGUGGAUCCAUCGUAACAAUACAGUCACUUGUGUGGCUUUCGACGCACUGGAAUGUUAACCUGAAGUCUCUCUUCACCUCCUUGGGCGCAAAAGACGUCUAUACCGCGAAAUUGAUCAAGGUCAUACCCAUUGCGAACGCCGGAUCAGCGGAGAUAUGUCAGCUCAAGCGGGACACUUUCGAUGGCAAAGAAAACAUAUCUUUCCUGUUCCAAAAGCGCCGAUUUCUGUACGAGCCCGAGAAGAAGACUUUUGCGCCAUUAGCCUAUGCUUUGGAUGCGGAGCCCAAGCCUCACUUGAAAGCAUUCCAGCAGUCUAAAGGUCUUAUAUCGCCUACAGAAAUCGCGAGGAUACAGAGAUACUACGGAGACAACUCGUUCGACAUUCCCGUUCCGACCUUUACCGAGCUCUUCAAAGAGCAUGCCGUCGCGCCGUUCUUCGUGUUCCAGGUAUUCUGCGUAGGACUGUGGAUGUUGGAUGAAUAUUGGUACUACUCGCUAUUCACGCUGUUCAUGCUUGUAGCAUUCGAGAGUACUGUGGUAUGGCAGCGACAGCGAACUCUGAACGAGUUCCGAGGCAUGAGCAUCAAACCUUACGACCUUUUGGUAUACAGAGAGAACAAGUGGCAGGAAACACAGAGUGAUAAACUGCUCCCAGGCGAUCUCGUGUCCGUCGGGAGGACCAAAGAGGACAGUGGCGUUGCUUGUGACAUGGUUCUGAUUGAGGGAACGGCUAUUGUGAAUGAAGCUAUGCUUUCUGGAGAGAGUACGCCAGUAUUGAAGGACUCGAUCCAGUUACGUCCCGGCGAAGCACGCAUCGAGCCCGAAGGACUUGAUAAGAACGCAUUCCUGUACGGAGGAACCAAAGUCCUCCAGAUCACCCAUGGCACCACCAGCGAGGACGCGCCUGACGUAAUCCCACAGCUGUCUUCCGGUGUCCCUCCGCCUCCUGAUAAGGGUGCUAUAGCCAUCGUUGUCAAGACGGGCUUUGAGACCAGUCAGGGCAGUCUCGUUCGCACCAUGAUCUACUCGACUGAGCGAGUAUCUGCUAACAACAUCGAAGCGUUGUUUUUCAUAUUGUUCCUUUUGAUGUUCGCAAUUGCUGCAUCUUGGUACGUUUGGGAGGAGGGUGUCGCACGAGACCGGAAACGGUCAAAGUUGUUGUUGGACUGCGUUCUCAUCAUCACAAGCGUGGUACCCCCUGAGCUGCCCAUGGAACUUAGUCUCGCAGUCAAUACCAGUCUUGCUGCUCUCAGUCGAUAUGCAAUAUUCUGCACAGAGCCUUUCAGAAUCCCAUUUGCUGGGCGCGUUGAUGUUGCUUGUUUUGACAAGACCGGUACAUUGACAGGCGAGGAUCUUGUCGUUGAUGGUAUUGCCGGGUUGUCUCUAGGCAAGUCUGGAGCGAAGCAAGAAGCUGAUGGUGCGCAGCCUGAGCUUGUUCCGAUCCCUAAAACGGGACUUGAUACCACUCUUGUCCUUGCUACAGCGCAUGCUUUGGUCAAGCUAGACGAAGGAGAUAUUGUCGGAGAACCGAUGGAAAAGGCCACACUGCAGUCGCUUGGAUGGACUCUGGGCGACAAGAACAUCCUCACGAGCAGAGCUAAGAGCGCAGUCCAUGGCGAAUCAUAUGCAACCCAAACCGACUCUGUUCAAAUUCGACGCCGCUUCCAGUUCUCAUCCGCUCUAAAGAGGCAGAGCUCUGUCGCUACCGUUUUUACGACAAACAGACAGACGCAAAAGAAGACCAAAGCUACAUUUGCGGGUGUCAAGGGAGCGCCUGAGACAAUUCGAAAGAUGCUGGUUGAGACUCCGCCUAAAUACGAAGAGACUUUCAAGUACUUUACCCGUAAUGGAGGCCGUGUCCUCGCACUUGCGUACAAGUACAUCUCAACUGAAGCCGAGAUUGGGCAGAACCGCAUCAACGAUCUAAAACGAGAAGACGUGGAGUGUGACCUUCACUUUGCAGGAUUUUUGGUUCUACAGUGCCCUCUUAAAGACGACGCAAAGAAGGCUGUGCGGAUGCUCAACGAGAGUAGCCAUCGAGUUGUCAUGAUCACUGGAGACAAUCCUCUCACGGCUGUACAUGUUGCCAAGCAGGUGGAAAUUGUGGAUCGAGACUGCCUUAUCCUAGAUGCGCCAGAGAAUGACGACUCCGGGGAAAAGCUCGUGUGGCGGAGUGUGGAUGAUAAAGUCAACAUUCCUGUCGAUCCCAGCGCGCCCUUGGAUGCGGAGAUCCUGAAGACUAAGGAUCUAUGUGCAACUGGGUAUGCUCUGACCAAGUUCAAGGGACAAGCGGCAUGGAAGCAGAUUCUUCGCCACACUUGGGUCUACGCGCGGGUGUCGCCUAAGCAGAAGGAAGAGAUUUUGCUCGGACUCAAAGACGCAGGCUAUACAACACUGAUGUGUGGCGACGGCACGAAUGACGUUGGUGCAUUGAAGCAAGCCCACAUUGGAGUCGCGCUCCUGAAUGGUACGACUGACGAUCUGCAAAAGAUUUCGGAUCACUUCAGAACGACAAAGAUGAAGGAAGUUUACGAGAAGCAAGUCAGCUUGAUGAAACGAUUCAACCAGCCAGCACCGCCCGUCCCGCCCAUGAUUGCCCAUCUGUAUCCCCCCGGCCCUUCGAAUCCACACUACGAGAAGGCUGUGCAGAGGGAAGCCGAGAAGAAGGCCAAGAAGGAGGGCAAGUCCGUCGAAGAGAUGCAACAAAGCAAUGGUAUCCCUACCAUCACGAGCCCAGAAGCGCAAAAGCUGCAACAGUCCCAAGCGCUUAGCCCUCAGGAUCAACGCAAGCAGAAAGCGCAACAAGCCGCGCAGAGCAUGGCAGAGAAGUUCACGACUAGCAUGAUGGAGCAAGAGCUCGACGACAGCGAACCUCCUACCAUCAAGCUCGGCGACGCGUCUGUUGCGGCACCGUUUACGAGCAAGCUAGCCAACGUGAUUGCGAUCCCGAAUAUCAUUCGUCAAGGCCGUUGUACGCUCGUUGCCACGAUACAGAUGUACAAGAUCCUCGCAUUGAACUGCUUGAUCAGUGCGUACAGUCUGAGUGUUCUGUACCUGGACGGAAUCAAGUUUGGCGAUGGUCAGGUGACCAUCAGCGGCAUGAUGAUGAGCGUCUGCUUCUUAUCCAUCUCUCGUGCCAAGUCGGUCGAGGGUCUGUCCAAAGAACGCCCGCAACACAACAUCUUCAACCCAUACAUCAUCGGAUCCGUUCUGGGACAGUUUGCCAUCCACAUCGGCACACUGAUCUACAUAUCCCAAUACGUCCAGCGCACAGAACCCAAAAAAGCCGACAUCGACCUCGACGGCGACUUUGAGCCCUCCCUCCUCAACUCCGCAAUCUACCUCCUCCAACUCAUCCAGCAAAUCUCCACCUUUGCAAUCAACUACCAGGGCCGCCCCUUUCGCGAAUCCAUCAAGGAGAACCGCGCCAUGUACUGGGGCCUGCUCUCCGUCUCCGGCGUCGCCUUCUCCUGCGCCACGGAAUUCAUCCCCGAGCUCAACGAGAAGCUCAAGCUCGUCCCCUUUUCCGCCGACUUUAAGCUUACCAUUACGGCUGUCAUGCUCGUCGAUUUCGCGGGCUGUUGGGUUGUCGAGAAGGUGCUCAAGACGCUGUUUAGCGAUUAUAGACCGAAGGAUAUUGCGCUGCGCCGGCCCGAUCAGAUUGAGAGGGAGGAGGCGCGUAAGAGGGAUGAGGCUGUGGUGGAGGAGAGGAGGAGGUUGGGCGAGGUGGAGAAGGGGAAGGCGUAG